AAUGUAUUGGCGUUAGCGGGUCGGCACUCUAGUACUGUAUUUUAAGAAAGUUGCUGUUCAACCUUUUACCUCGACACAUGAAUACUAACCUAACCAUAUCCAGGUAUUGGUUUUCUCUCAAGAAAUGAUCUAUUGAACGUUAAAUUAUUAAAAAGUGAGUAAUUUUGAAAAAAAAAAAAAGAAAACCUGUUAAAAUAUUAUGCUUAUAAUAUGUUAAUAUACAAUAAUAUAAUAAUUUGCUCUGUAAUUAUAUUAUAAAAUAUUGUUUGUUUUGCAGUUUAAUCAUACUUACGAAAUUCUUGUACGAUUAAAAUGUCGGCUUCGAGGGGCACGGAUGUAGCAAAGGUGCUGAGAGGUGUACAAAUGGUGCUGGAGGAAAUAAUUAAGGCCAACGAACAAAAUUGCAAGAAAAACAUGAGAAAUUGCAGCAUAGGUACUGCAGUUAAAGACGCUACAAUUCAAUUUGCUGACGGCAUUGGGGCGGCUAAACUGAAAGUAGGUAACUAUCUAAUUCAAAAGUAAAAUAUCAGUGAUGGAAUUUUUGAGAAAUCAAAAUCAUUGUAUCUAGUUGGAAUCGUCUAUUAAAAUGUCAAUGUUAAAAAUUAUUAUUUAAUCCGUCUGUAUAAUGAACAUAUACGAAUAAAAUAAAUGUUUGUUACAAAUUACAUAAUGCAAAUUUUAUUGGUACCUACUUAAAAUACUUUUUGAAAUAAAAAUAUUCAACAAGUAAAAAGUGAAAUCAAGACAAAGCAUAAUAUAUUAUAGUCUGAUUUAUUGUUUAUUUUAAUAGAUGAUAAAAUUUAAUUUUAAUCUAUGUAUUUUGACUAAAAUAUAAUGAACUUAUCCACAAUUUGAUAUUUAACUUUGAAUUGUUGUGUAUUUUAAUAUUAUUAUAAGAAAUCUAAGUUUAAAACGAUAUAUCAAUAUAUAUAAAUAAUGCAAUUUUUGUUUGUAUUUGUAUUUAUAGCCAGAAAAUAUUGUAAAAGAAAUGACUGAAAGAUCAGCUAUGGUAUUCGAGGGCCUACGAAAUGUUAUUAUAAUGACAAGUAAGUUAUUGUUAAUGUUAUUCCUAAGACAUAUUGUUAAUUUAACAUUGGUUUGUAGUUCGUCAAGAUCAACAAUUUGAUUCAAAAGAAUUUACACCUACUAAUCCAGUAGAUAUUAUACCUUAUGAUCAAUUUCCAAGUGAAGGCCAAGGGUUAACUGGACCAUUAAAAGUUCCUAGUGGCGUAUUAAAAAAGCAAUAUUUUUAUGGAAAAUGUACCAGUCAAUUGGUCAUUGACCCCCUUAUACCUAAAACUAUUAUACAUCAAAUGAAUUACAGUAGUAAUGAAAAAAAUAGUAAAGGAAAACGGAAACCAACUGUUAGCAAAAAUACAAAACCCAAACAACAGGUACCUGCCUGAUAUUGUAUUAAAGAUAAUAUUAUAAAACUUAACUAAAUUUCAAAUUAGUUAAGUGAUUCUGCAAAACAAAAAACAGUACCGUCUUCUCACAUUGGACGAAUGUUGUCGUUUGGCGGUCUUGCAGCUGGAUUAGGUAUCGGUGCUGUUACAGAAAUUACAAAACGUUCAUUAGGCUUAAGCAAUUCCACCAAAACAUCAGAUGGUGAAUACAUGGAGAGUGCUUUUAUAUCUCCAGAAAAUGCUGAACGUAUUGCCAAUACAUUAUGCGAAGUUCGAGGUUUAUUCAAAUUAUUAUAACCUUACACAUUUUAUUAUUAAUCGUUUGUAAUAUGUCAAUUAAUUUUCUAGGUGCUGCUUUGAAAAUUGGUCAAAUUAUUAGUAUACAAGAUAACAAUUUAUUGAGCCCACAAUUACAGAAAGCAUUCGAAAGAGUACGUCAAUCUGCGGAUUUCAUGCCUACAUGGCAAUUAGAAGUAAAUAGUUUUAUUUUCUUCAAUGUAACACAUAUAUUUAUUUCGGUAUUUCCGAAUUGCGUGUGAAAAUUAUAAUAUAGGGAGAGUUUCGUGUGUAGUUUCUUUUUUAUUUUUAUUUAAUCAUUUUUAAAUUUUCAUAAUUUUUUUGUUUCACUACAUGAUAUAUUUUUUUUCUUUUAUCGUAGGUGUUCGAAAUCGAACUGAACUAUUCACUGAUCAUCAAAAGUUAUAAAUUGUUGAACUGUAUACAGUUACUUAUCUAUAAAUUAUAAUCUUAAUUAAUCACAUGCCACUCGACUCUGUCACAAAAAAACCGCGCACGCAACUCGGUUGUUGAUCAACAUCGCUCUUUUUAUUGACACGCGAUUCCGAUGCAGCUAUUUAUUUUCCAUACAAUACGUUUAUUUAUAAUUUCUAUUUAGAAAGUAUUGGCUGCAGAGUUGGGUACCAACUGGAAAGACCGCUUUGAAACUUUCAACUUGCAGCCUUUUGCGGCCGCUUCUAUUGGUCAAGUACACGAAGCCACAAUGAAAGACGGACUAAAAGUCGCUGUUAAAGUUCAAUAUCCUGGCGUGGCUGAUAGCAUAAAGAGUGAUAUUGAUAAUUUAGUUGGCGUUAUGAAAGUAUGGAACAUGUUUCCGGAAGGCAUGUUUAUUGAUAAUAUUGUUAAAGUGGCUAACCAAGAACUAUCUAAUGAAGUAAAUUAUAUUCGAGAAGCAGAAUGUACUAGAAAAUUUCGAGAGUUAUUGGAACCAUAUAACGACUAUUAUGUACCAAAAGUUAUCGGUAAGCUUUAUAAUGCAAUAUUAAUUAAACUAUAUUUUUAUACCAAAACAAACAAUUAAUGGAAAUUGACAUUAUUGUUAUUAUUGUUGUAAAUUAUAAUAUUUGAAAUUAACACAAAUUGGAAAUGUACAAUUUGGUAUUAAUUAAAAGUUAUUUUAAUCACAUAUUACUUGAUUUAUUUAGAACUAUAGUAAAAUAUAUUUUUUUUUGCUCUUUUACAAAAUUUAUAUUACUUAAAUAGUAACUUUUAUAACUUUUGUUUUCAACUGUAUUUUGAAAACAAAAAAUUAAUAAAUACAAUUGUAUGAUUUUAAGAUGAAGUUAGUACCAAACGGAUAUUUGUGUCAGAACUAAUCGAAGGCAUACCAUUGGACAAAUGUGAUAAUAUGGACCAAGAGACUCGGAAUAAUUUGUGUUUUUUAGUAUUACAACUAUGUCUCAAGGAGCUUUUUGAGUUUUCAUAUAUGCAAACUGAUCCGAAUUGGUCAAAUUUUUUUUACAAUCAAGAAACUAAACAAGUAAAUGAAGUAUAAAAUUAAUUUUUUUUAAAAUUUAUUUUGAUUAAAAUUUGGCUAUUAUUUUCGGUGUGUAUUUUUAUACUGCUAAGUAAAUUAAUUUUAUUGUUGUUUGUUUUAGUUGAUUUUAUUGGAUUUCGGAGCAACUCGUUCAUUUGAUCAGAAAUUUCUUACCGAUUAUUUACGAAUUAUUAAAGCAGCUGCAGACAAUGAUCGUGUACAAGUUUUAAAAUCUUCUCAAGAAAUGGGAUUUUUAACUGGAUAUGAAACAAAAGCAAUGGAAGAAGCUCAUGUAGACAUGGUAAUGAUUAUGGGCGAAAUAUUUCAGAAAGAAGGAGAGUUUGAUUUUGGCUCUCAGGAUUCUACCAAACGUAUUCAAUCAUUAUUACCAAUAAUAGUUCAUCAACGUCUUGCACCACCACCCGAAGAAGUGUACAGCAUUCAUAGAAAAUUAUCUGGUAAGUAUACAAUUUACAAAACAUUAAUAACUAAUAAAUAAUGAGAAAAAUAUAAUUAUUUCUUUUUGCAGGCAUAUUUUUACUUUGUUCAAGAUUAAAAGCCAAGUUCAUGUGCCGGAAACUAUUUUUUGAUAAUUACGAUCAGUUCAAACAUAAAUACUAGUCAUUUUUAAGUGGUAGUAAUUUUGUAUAACAUGUUUAGUUAUGCUUCAUGACUCACGAUUAACAAAGAAAGGGUAACACAAAAAAAAAAAAAAUGAAUCAAUAUUAUCUAGAUAAUAUAACAUUUUUAUUGCUUUAUUAUUAUCAUUUUUUUAUUAUUUUUAAAUAAAAAGAGUAGCAUUAUAAUAAUUACAAUUGACUAAUUUCUUUAACCAACAAUAAUAAUUAAUAAUAAAAAUACUAUUGCCUAUAAACAGGUAAAUACGUUGCCCUUACAAAGAAUCUCUAUAUGUAGCUUAAACUUUUGAUGGGUCAUUUUUUUAAGAGCAGGUAUAUUUAUUAAAAAAUAAAAGGAGCUAAAGAUUUACCUAAAAAAAUAAAAUAAAAACAAAACAAAAAAUAAAAUAAAAUUCAAAACAAUAAAUAAAUAAUAAUAGUAGUAAUAAUAAUAAUAAUAAUAAAAAAAAAAAAAAAACAUUAAAACUAAAUAAUAUUCAUAAUGAUAAAAAUGUUGAUUUGUAUUAAUGUCUUUUUUUUUUUUUUUUUUUUUUAAAUAACACUCAAUAAAUAGUUGUUAUCGGAACUCACUUAUAUUUUGUUAGGCUAAGAGAAAAACUUAAAAAAAAAAAAAAAAAUAGACUAAUUGUGUUAAUGGAUGAUUUAAAGUAUUAAUAUUGUUAUAUUUUAAACUAGAUAUUGCUACAUUUCAGUAAAAAAUUAAAUACUCUAAAUAGUUUGGUAGUAUUUAUUAAAAAGACCAAAAUAAAUUAUCGCUGAUUGUCUCUGAACACUAAUACUUCACAGAAGCACAUAAUAUAUUUUAUAUAUUUAUUUAUGUUUUUGUAAUUGUCAUGAACUAGGUGUUACUAGAUGGUCAGAAAAGAUAAAAAAAAGAAAAUUCUAAAAUGUAUAGUUUAUAAUAAUAUAUUUAAUUAUAUAUUUAUCAUAAGAAUAAACUUAACAAAAAAGAGAAGAAAAAAAGAAGUUAUUAACAAUAUUAGUAUAAUAAUUUUUACGGUGAAUAGACUGGCAAUUUUUUUUUUUUUUUGUCAUUGAUAAUAUUAUAAAAUAUUUGUUUGGUCAUACCAAACAAAAAAAAAAAAAAAAAAAAAAAACAAUAAUAAGUUUAUUUAUGUUUAAAAUUACUAUCACAGUGCUUCCUAAGAGCAAGAAGACGUCGAAAACAAUCGAAUAACACAAUAUUAUGCAGUACUCAAGAGAAACCUAUCACCGGUUUGAAAAAAAAAAAAAAAAAUAAUAAUAAUAAUAUACCUUAAACAAUUUUAUUUUUAUUUGUAACUAAGACGCUCGGUUAAAAGCGUUAUAUUAUAUCAUGUUUUCAUAAUAAUAUUAUACGUUUCUCUUCUUUUUUUUUUUCAAUUUUUUAUUCUUCGUAAGUAUAAAUAGAGAAUAAAACUAUAUAUCAUUUUAAUAAUAAUAAUAAUAAUAAUAAUAAUAAUAAUAAUAAUAUCAAUAUCAUCAUCAUCAUCAUCAUCAUCAUCAUCAUCAUCGUUUGUGUUACAAUAUUGUAUAAUAAUAUAAACUAGUCAACAAAAUGCUAAUGGAGUAGGCUACGGUGUACAAUAUUAUAAUGCACGUGUGCAAUAGGCAUACACACAUCGAUACGGCGACGUAGCGCACAGUGCGGUUACGCACGUGGCAUUAGCGUACGCGGUGCACACGCACAAUAUUAUACACGCUGUCGCGCACAACACGGGAACGUCGCGGCAGGGCGAGUUUUAUCUGAACUUGUCCUUGUGAUGUUCGAUUAUGACCGACGGGGGCGGCUGUUCGUUGUUGUUGUCGGCGGCCGCGGCGACCACCGUCUGCCGUUUCAGGUACAUCAUCUGCCUGAGGGUGUCCGCGGUGGUGCACUCCCGCUUGGCGUCGAUGCACUCGACGCUCGACGAACGCUUGCGAAGGCGGCGCGUGGUGAUGCCCGCCAAGUUCAACAGCGCGUCCGCGCCCUCCACGAUCUUUCGGCGUUCUUCGGCGUCCUCCUUGCAUAAGCUGAAAGAGACACGAUACCGGAGGAUGUUAAUCGAAACAAAUAAAAUAAAUAAACGAUAAACCGUAUCGCCGCCGCGUAGGCGCAGGACGCGUGCAAGUGCG